GCUGUCCGCCCGGAGGUAGGCGCUGCCGCCCGGCGCUCCCUGCCCGCCUCCCGCUGUCACCUGCCGCAGCCGGGCACGCGUGGCGUGCUGGGGAGCGGGAGCUUGGGCGCCGUGAGAACCGCGCUGCUGGAUGUAAAAGGGAAGUAGGUGGUGCCCGCGGAAAAUGCCUCUGAGGGACAAGUGCUGCCAGACUGACCACCAUCACCAUGGGUGCUGUGAGCCAGUGCAUAUGUUGGAACCUGGUGAUCCACCGUUGUUACAGCAGCCUCUGCAAACAUCAAAAUCCGGUAUUCAACAAAUCAUUGAAUGUUUUCGAUCAGGAACUAAACAACUUAAGCAUAUCUUGUUAAAAGAUGUGGACACCAUUUUUGAGUGUAAAUUGUGCCGGAGUCUCUUCAGAGGAUUACCAAAUUUAAUUACUCAUAAAAAGUUUUAUUGUCCUCCAAGUCUCCAGAUGGAUGAUAACCUCCCAGAUAUAAAUGAUAAACAGAGUCAAGCCAUAAAUGACCUCCUGGAAGCAAUCUAUCCAAGGGUAGACAAGCAAGAAUAUAUAAUUAAAUUAGAACCUAUAGAAACUAAUCAGAAUGCUGUAUUUCAAUAUGUAUCAAGGACUGAUAGCCCAGAAGAGAACACAGAAAGUAGUAGUACCCCUGAUCAAACUCCAGUACAGACACAGGAACCCAGCACUGAGCAACCCAAGACUGUUUCAGCUCCAGCUCCAGUUGGGGAGACUGUAGAAUUACCUCCUGCUGAUCCUGUUACAAACAAGGUGAUAACUACUCCUGAAGAACAGCCUCCAGCGGUAACUCCUGAGUUGGACUCUUUGGAUAAUUCUGAUUUUGGCCACCAGUUGAUUUGUUGCCUUUGUAGAAAAGAAUUUCAUUCCAGACGCAGUGUACGCCGGCACAUUAGAAAAGUACACAAAAAAAAGAUGGAAGAGCUAAAGAAGUACAUAGAAACAAAAAAGAAACCAAAUCAGUGCUCCACAAAGGGACGAAAUAAGAACGUUCUUGUAACAUUAGGUAGAAGUUGUCCUGUGUGUUAUAAAUCAUUUGCCACAAAAGCCAACGUAAGGAGGCAUUUUGAUGAAGUUCAUAGAGGAUUAAGAAGGGAUUCCAUUACUCCUGAUAUAGCUACAAAACCUGGGCAACCUUUGUUCUUGGAUACAGUUUCUGCUAAAAAAUCUUUUAAGACCCGAAAACAAAAGUCGUCUUCAAAGGCUGAAUACAAUUUAACUGCGUGCAAAUGCCUUCUGUGCAAGAGAAAAUAUAGUUCACAAAUAAUGCUGAAAAGACACAUGCAAAUUGUUCACAAGAUAACUCUUUCUGGAAAGAACUCUAAAAGAGAGAAAGGACCCAACAAUACUGCCAAUGGAACAGAAAUAAAACUAAAAGUUGAACCAGCAGAUUCUGUAGAACCUUCACCCCCUUCCAUUGCUCUUUCUCCACAGAAUGAAUUAAAGGGAACAAAUCACUCAAAUGAGAAAAAAAGCACUCUGUCAGCACAGAAAAAUAAAGUUAAACAGGACACAGAAAACCCUAAAUCAACCUCUAAAUCAUCCACUAAGUCAACCUCUAAACCAACCUCUAAAUCAACCAAUGCAUCUGCUGCAGGUGGCCAGCAAAAAACCAGGAAGCCAAAACUUUCAGCUGGCUUUGACUUCAAGCAACUUUACUGUAAACUCUGUAAACGCCAAUUUACUUCAAAACAGAACUUGACAAAACACAUCGAAUUACACACAGAUGGGAAUAACAUUUAUGUUAAAUACUACAGGUGUCCGCUCUGCUCUUACGAAACACGUCGGAAACGCGAUGUGAUAAGGCAUAUAACUGUAGUUCAUAAAAAGUCACCGCGCUACCUUGGGAAAAUAACUGCAAGUUUAGAAAUUAGAGCAAUAAAAAAGCCAAUUGAUCUUGUUCUAAAUAAGGUGACAAAAAGAGGCCCUCAGAGGGAUGAAACAAAACAGAUUGGUUCAAAACAGGAUGUCACUUCUAAUUCGCCCAAUAAAAAGUAUGAAGGAGCUGAUGUUGGCAUUGAAGUAAAAGUAACAAAAAACUUUUCUCUUCAUCGAUGCAAUAAAUGUGGGAAAGCGUUUGCCAGAAAAGCUUUUCUAGAACAUCAUAAGAAAACCCAUAAGGCGAAUGUAUCUCAUUCACCUGAAGAAAAUAAAACCAAAGGGAGAAGUACAAGAUCUAAAGCUGUUGUCUGGUGAGGAAAAUGUAGUGUUUUGUCUUUUUUUUUCUCCAAACGAAACAAAAACACCUCCUUUCACAUGCUGUUGUUGAUACGUUGACAAAAAGAUAUUUUUCCAUAGAUUUUAUGGUUUAGUGGCUUAAAUACCAUGAUAUAUGUCAAAGUUGUUUCUUAAUUAUUUUUUUAGUGUUUAGGAGAAGAGCUAAUUUCUAAAGUUUUCAUACAGGAAACUGGAAUAGAAUAUAGAUUAAGGUGUGCUAAGUUGACUCUUUAAGUUGUUUUUAAGGUAUUUGUUGUAAUCAAGCUAACAUAAACACGUCUAAAAUAGUAUGCUUUUAAAUUAUCAAUGCCUUUGUCUGGUUUGAAUAACGUACCCGGUUAAUGAACAGCUCUGUAACCUAGUUGAAGAAGUGCUAAAAAUACCAUGGUAAAAGCUGUUGACUGAAAAUGUCUCUAUGAUGUACAGUAAUUAUCUUCUUUUUUUUAAUAUUUCAUGUGUAUUAGGCAAUACACGUGUUCUGUCCACAGAAGGACAUAGAACAGUUUGUUUGAAUGUAAUUUGGACACUUAAUUGUUUUGAUUUAAAAUCAGUUUGAGUUAGGUCACUGUGAACAUUUAAAAUCAUAAAAUUUAGGAUUUGAUUCUUUUAGUGCUCAUUUAUAUAAGCACAAGUUCAGAGACUUCUGGUCGUUUAUUUUUUAAAGUGUUUGAGUCUCAGAAAGAUUUUUUGUUUUAAGCCUAAAUGUAUGGAGAGGUCUGGCCAAGAAUUUUCUGACCUUCUGCUUAUAUGGUACGCUGGGAAUUGUUUUAUACUUGAGAGUUGUAUUUGUAUUUUCUUAGUUUUCCAGUGCCUUUAUAUUAAAGAUGGCCUGUUUUUUAAGAGGAUCUUUCAAAAAAAUGAAAUAAUAUUUUGUAUUUCAGAGUGAUUGACUCAUGCCUGAAGGUGUGGGGAUUGUAUAAAAAAAACUAUAAUGGAGAGACAUUAUUGACACCUAUAAGAGGUUUUAAUAUUCUUAUUUAGAAAUAGCCUUAUAAUGUAUUUGGUGGAAAAAAACCCACAAGUAUAUGUGCCUUGUUCUAUAUUUUUACUCUGAAAUGGGAGGUAAUUUGAUUUCAGUUCAGUUUUUGUAGUGUUAGCUAGGUUAAAGUGUAACCUGAUCUGUUCAUGGCUUCGUAACAAAUCCUGGCUGAAUGGGAUGGAACUGGACCCUGAAUUAUUGUAAUUUUAGGAGGAAGAGUGACUUUUGUAUUUUGAUGAUGAAUUAAAAAUUUAACCAUAUAAAUUAUUUAUGUUCUGUAAUUUUAAACAGAAUUAUAUUGGUAAACACAAAGCAUUAAUUUAUUCCCAUUUCUCCUCAGAUAGGUUCAAGUGAUGUUCGGAAAGUUUGGAGUUCAUUUGCAUGAAAAAGACUUUAAUGUGGUGUUGGAACCGCUAAUAUCUUGAUAAUGGUACUGUGAGGAGGAAAUACUUUCAUAAGCUGUUGUUUUCUUACUAAAUUACGACCAUUCUGACUACUUGUUAGACAGUGCUUCCUCCCAAAACACUGCAGUAGUUGAAAUGCACACGUGCUUCUAAAUUAGCAGUUAACUAUGCUUAUGUCUAUGCAGUUGAGGUUUGAUACAUGAACUUAAAAAAAAAAAAAAAAAAACCAAACAGAGGCAACUUAAACAACAGCUUUGGAAGAAGACUUUUGUUCCUCAUUUAGGAAACCAUCUUCAGAGAGCUCAUCGUGCAUACUGUUCCUCCCUAAUAGCGCUAACUGAUGAACAGCUCUUAACUUUUUUGUGAUAUCUACUCUGACAAUUGUUGUGUUAUAUACUGUUUUAAAUUUAUUACAAAUGAAUGUAUAAGAGCAAACAAUGUAGUGUAUAUUGGCUGAAUUGUACUAAUUUUUAGUAUUUGCCAUAACAUCAGUUUGUUCAUACUGACUAAUUUCCCAGUUGUGGGACGUUCUGAAUUUCACUGUACUACAGUUGCUUCAAAGAUCUCCGUAUUUUUUCCAUAUGUGGUUCAUAGGACAGCUUGGUAAACAUCUAGGAUGUUUACAAGAAUAUCCACAUUCCUCUAUUCUUGAAUUUUUUUUAAAAAAAUUAUACACAAGCACUUUAAUGAUAGUUGCAGUUUAUAUUUUCAGUUUAUUUUUUGAAAGAUCAACACACUAAUGUUAAUAUGAAGGUAGUGAAUAUUUGCUGAUGUAUUAUAGACAGACAAUCUGUGCACAACCACUUAUAAUGUUAGUUUAUUUCUUUAAAUAUUAAUAAAAAGGGAGGAUAGUAUGGGAGAAACUCAAAGUAAUUUUUCUCUCAAUAUGAUGAAUGACCACUAUAGAUAGCACUUGACUUUGUAUAAUUUGGAAAAUGUUUUAGAUCCUUUUUUUUUUUUUUUUAACCUUUUAAUCAGAAUUUUAGUAAAACUGUUGCAUGCCUACCAUUAUGGGAUUCUUGGCAGGUUUCGUGCAUCAGCGGUUUUGUUUUGUUUUAUUAUUAUUUUUUUUUUACUUUUUAGAAAAUAUUUUGUUAGUGAUUUGUGUCAAAUUGCUACAAUUUGAAAGGUACUGUACAUCAAAAGAAAUACCAUGUUUUUUAUAUAGGUUCACUCCCUUACUUAGGGAGGUGCCUCGUGUUCAUAUAUACUUUUUGUAUAAAAUAUAUCUAAAAAUGUUGAUCACAAGAUCAAAAGUAAAAAUACUUUUUAUGGAUAGAGAAAUAUUUGGCCCUGUUAGUGCAUUGCACUAAAAAUACUGUGAAUGGGAACUGGACUGUAGCUGUUGCUGGAAAUGUUUUAUAUUGAAUGUACAUGCUUUUGUUUGGAUAAAUGUACUGUAUUUGGUUGAAAAUAAAGCAGACUGGAAAUCGCUUACACGUGCAUAAACAAGAUGAUGUUGUUUUUGUAAACCUGGUAUAUUUGUCACUCCUUAAGCAGAAAUUACAAUGUUUGCAUUUUUUCUUGUAAAAUUUUACCUUCUGAUCAUUGAAACUAGUUGUUUGUAUU